AGGGAGUGAAAUACACCAGCCUUGCAUGAACAUUAUUAGCUACACACCAUGGUUUUCCUCUCUGGAAAUUCAUCUGAUUGCUCCAACUGCACCCACUCUGUGGGGCCUGUGAACAUUUCAAAGGCCAUUUUACUAGGCAUUAUUCUAGGGGGGCUGAUUAUUUUUGGGGUCUUGGGUAACAUUGUGGUUAUCCUCUCCGUAGCCUGCCACAGACAUCUUCAGAGUGUUACCCACUAUUAUAUAAUCAACUUGGCUGUAGCUGACCUCCUCUUGACUUCCACUGUCCUGCCCUUCUCAGCUACCAUGGAGAUUUUGGGCUACUGGGCCUUUGGGAGAAUCUUCUGUAACAUCUGGGCAGCUGUUGAUGUCCUUUGCUGCACUGCUUCCAUUAUGAGCCUCUGUAUCAUCUCGAUAGACAGAUACAUUGGGGUGAGUUACCCACUGAGAUACCCAACUAUAGUGACAGAGAAGAGAGGCCUCCUGGCUUUAUUUUGUGUUUGGGCAUUGUCUCUGGUGAUAUCGAUUGGACCGCUUUUUGGCUGGAAGGAACCAGCACCAGAAGAUGAGACCAUCUGUCAAAUCACUGAAGAGCCUGGCUACGUGCUGUUCUCUGCUCUAGGCUCCUUCUACCUCCCCUUGACUAUUAUCUUGGUGAUGUACUGCCGUGUGUAUGUAGUGGCCAAAAGGGAAAACAAAGGUCUGACUUCUGGCCUGAAGACUGAGAAAUCUCAUUCUGAAGAAGUGACUCUACGAAUCCAUCGUAAAAAUGCUCCUGAAGAAAGUAGAUCUGCAUCUAACUCCAAGAGCAAACAUCAUUUCUCAGUGCGUCUCCUCAAAUUCUCCAGGGAAAAGAAAGCUGCCAAGACCCUAGGAAUAGUUGUGGGAUGCUUUGUUUUGUGCUGGCUUCCAUUUUUUGUAGUAAUGCCUAUUGGUUCUUUCUUUCCUGCAAUCAAACCCCCGGACACACUUUUUAAAAUAACAUUUUGGCUUGGCUAUUUAAACAGCUGCAUCAACCCCAUAAUCUACCCUUGCUCAAGUCAAGAGUUUAAGAAAGCGUUCCAAAAUGUCCUGAGAGCCCAGUGUCUUCCAAGAAAGCAAACAGCAAAGAAGAAAUUCCCGAAUUUCAACCUCAACCAUCCCGCUAGCCAGAGCAUGGAGAGUGAUAAAGGUGUGGUCCGUAUCCCUGUCGGCUCAGGAGAAACCUUCUAUAGGAUAUCCAAGUCCGAUGGGGUCUGCGAAUGGAAGAUAUUCUCCACUGUGCAAAGCAUGCCUACAAAAAAUGCAGUCUCUAAAGACAAGUCUAGCUGUACUGCUGCCAAAGUGAAAAGUAAAGGUUUCCUACAGGAAUACUGCUGUGCAGGCACUUCAGGGAAUGUUCUGCAGGAAAAUCAUAAAGUGCCAACCAUUAAAAUACAUACCAUCUCCCUCAGCGAAAAUGGGGAGGAUGUCUAAAGGACUGAUGUGACUAGUAAUGUAGGCUGGCAAACUCAUGGCUUUGCUAACGGGACGUUAUUCUUUUUAUUGGGAAGUAGUAGUAGAUGCUACAACAGUUUAGAAGGUCCAGGCGAAACAAAUAGCAUGCUGUAAAGCAGGGCCAAAUCUUUUGAGGAGUGAUGUCUUUAAG